AUGAACGGCCUUUGGAAGCCAGAGCGAUUCUCGACCACCAAAAGUCCCAUCAAAGACCAACCACCAAGUCCCGAAAUCCGUUCGAGCACCAUACAAUCCCACGAAAAACCAUCCAAACUGCAACCAACAACAACAAUCAGCGGGCGUCCAGCCCCCUACAACCCAUCCAUCAUGUCACCUACCUCUCCGUCAACCUUACAACUAUCCGCCAACGACGCCAUGGACCUCCCCACCCUCCUCAUCCAAAUGCAAGAAACCAUUUCCCAAAUCCACACCACCAUCACCGCCCUCCAGCCGCCCUUCUCCUCUCUUUCGGGUGGUGACCCCUACCACAUAACUUCCCCCGAAGAACGCUUACAACUAACCGACCUCGCCACCCGUCGAGACUCGGCCAUCCGCUCUUUACUCACCGCCUUCACGGCCGAGUCUGAAUCCCUCUCGCAAAAGCGGCGGGUAGAGCGGGACGAGAUUUUGGAAAGAAGAAGGCAGGAGGACGAAGAACUACAGAGAAGAAGGAGGGAGGAGGAUCAACAGUGGGAGGAGAGAUUGAGGCGAGAAGAUGAGGAGAGGGAACAAAGGUUAGAACAAGAAAAGGGCGAGGUGGAGAGGGAGACGGACGAGUUGAUGGGUGAGAUUGAGAGGGGGUGGGAGAGAAGGUGGGAGGAGGGGAGGGGGGUUUUGAGGGGGUUGGAGGGGAGGAGGAAGGAACUGAAUCGGUUGAUUGAGGAGAAGCUACAGGCGCAUACCGAGACUCCAUUGCCGCUUAACGCGAGAGCUAUUAUAUCGGCAGCGAGGAAGGCGAGUACCGCCCAGAUGCUCGUGUCGGAGCAGACUACCGAGCCUCAAGAGACGGCCGAGACGAGCGAGCCAACCGAGACACGGAUCAUAGAAAGGGGCUUCCUCCCCGCUGCCGCCUUCGAGAACGCUCCUCCCGACCUCGACCGAGACUGCUACAAGCCCGAGGCCGGAACCCAGCAAGAGGAGGAAACACUUGCGCGCGAGACCGACGUCAACGAAUCCGGUCUGGCAGUCCACUUACAAGAAAAGAUGGCAUCGAUGAGCAUGGACAGCCUCCUGAACGAGCCCAACGAGUUCAGCGUUGCUGCCCCCGACCUUGUUGAUUCGAGACCUACCUCUCCCGUUGGCCGGACUCUAUCUGCUGUGGACAACGAAGAGCAGGCAGACGCCGACAACAUUCACAACACUGCCCUCGAGCCUAAUCCUGCUGUCCUGGAAGAACCGUCUGAUGUCCAAGAACGGCAGCUGGAGAUCAAGACGACGGAAACCACAGACACAACCGUGGACGUCGAGUUCCAAGGACUGCCGAUCCGGGCGCAUCCGAUGGAUGAGAACCUCCAUCUCGAUGAGUUCGCUAAGGUUGAGGAAGAGGAGGGGACGGCUGAUGAGGGAGAGCAUUGUGGGUUGUGGGUUGAGCACCACCGACGAUCCGCUGAGACUGUUGUCGAGCGAGCUGCUACUGGGACAUGGACUGCAGAGUUCCGGGGGAGACAUGAUAGUUUGGGUAUCAUCCAUCCUCCUCCUGCUCCCCCCACUGCCUCGGACGACGGUGACGGUGCUGCAGCCGCUGCCGAAGUUGAAGAAACAGCUGUUCCAGCUCGGCCAGCAGCAUCUGACCAGGAAGCAUCUGAAACCUCCGAUUACACACCCUACUCAAAACCCACCACCCCAGUCUCCCCAGUCACACCUGCCAACAACCAUGUCACCGACGCCCAUAGUCAUACCAACCCUCCCGACACCGACCUCCCUACCAAUGCCGAGGCCAACACCGAGGCCGACCUAAACCCAAGCCCAACCCCAAACCCAAACCCAGAAGAAGCCCACCAAGGCGCUGCUCUCCCCGAUACCCCCAGUGAUAUCGACACCGUCCCCUCAGACGCAGACGCAGACGCAGACGCACACUCCAAUUCCAUCUCCACCGCCUCCGAGCGCGGUUCCUACUCCGACAUCAAAGAGCCCGAGGCGUCUCCUAUUUCUCCUACUGCUGCCAAGGCGGAGGAAGAGGAUGAUGAUGCGGAUUUUGUUGCUGAGCAGUGGCAGCAGGAUGGGGCACGGGAGGUGCAGACGCGGGCGGCGUUGGAGGAGGGGGAGGGAGAGGGGGAGGGGAAGAGGAAGGUGCUUGGCCCUGAUAGUCUUGUUGAUUCUUUUGUUGAGACGGUUGAUGCUAUUGAGGCUGUUGAUGCUGUUGAUGCUGUUGAGGCGGUUGAGGCUGUUGAGGCGGUUGAGACGGUUGAGGCGGUUGAGGCGCUGGGGCAAAAGGGAGGGCAAGAAGAGCAUGAGCAUGAGCACAAGCAGGGCCGCCACGAAGAAGAGCAAGCCGCUGAGGAGGAUGUUGAUGCAGAAGCGGUGGAAACCAAGGAAGUCCUAGAGAAGGAGGUCCUCCAAGGCUUGGUCCAUGACCCCGUCGGCCGGGCGCAUGAUGAACAGUUUGAGUUGGAAGAGGAGGAAGGGAUGAGGGCGAGGGGAGUGUUGGAGCCGUGUGCUAGUCGAGUGGAUUUGGCCGAUGGAGAGGGGGAUGAGCAGCUGCAGGGUGAGGUUGACAAGUAUGAGGAGGCGGAGAGCCCGGUCAUGGGUGCUGAAGGGGUCAUUGAGCCACCUGUGACGAUGGAGGAAUCACCAUCUCCUGGUCCCGGACCUGAGCCUGAGCAUGAAGCUGAGUCUGAGCCUGAGCCAGUCCCGUGCCCGGUUGAGGAGCUGGUUCGUGAGCAGGAGGAAAUGGGACUAGGUCGACCUGAACCACACGACUCGGCCGAGUGUGAACAACACAACGAGAAACAUACACCGGUGCAAGUCCUCGACAUGGACCACCACCCCCUCGACCACUCCCACGUCUCCCACCUUGACGUCGUCGGCGUAGCCCUCACCCACAGCGAGAAAGUGCACAUGCGCCACACCCCCCUCGAAGAAGGCGAAGAACCAGCGCAUUACUUCGUCAACCAACAUCAUGUACCGCACAGCGCUGAUGACUUCUACACCCCAGCUGAGGGUAUCCUGCCCACUGGCGACGCUUACUAUACUCCACAUGAUCAACUUCCAGAGCACGUCGAUGACAUAGAGUCGUAUGCCCCUCUUGACCAUGCAGACGAACAGGCAGACGAGGAGGCACACCACGAGCGCGAAGUUCCCGACGUCAGUGAAGAGGUGGAAGAGGAUACCCAGCCUCGAUACCAGCUGUACGAACGUCCUUACACGCCUAGCGACUUUGCUCCUACGCCUGGGUUGGAGUCUAGUUUUCCUCAUGUUGAGCAUGCCCAGGAACACGAGCAUGUUCAGGCGUACGAUGGGCAGCCAGAGGUUGUCGUUACUUUACAGCCUGAUGUAGCGGAGGAGGCACAUGCUGAGCACCACCCACAAGAUGCGCAUGCGGACGGUCAUGGAGAUGAACAAGACACCGAAGACGAUGAAGAAACAGGUCAUCAACUCGAGCGCGUUCCUAGCCGCCAGGAUGUCAGAGAAGAGCAAGAGAGUCCCGAGCCUAGUGCGGAUGACUUUCCUGCUGUUCCUGGACAGGCGGUUGCUACUGCUGAGCAUGAGCAUGCUACGCAAUUUGGGGAUGUGCAUCAUCGUGACAUGGAGCCCGGGCCUGAGCAUUACAUUGAUCGUGAAGAUGAAGUCGAUGAGGGCCAGGUUCAUGAAGCCUCGUCGUCGGAGUCUGAGGAUGACGACUUUGAGGGUAGAGGUGAUGUCGUUCUUCACCACCUGGAUGCUAUUGCUGAGGAGGAGGAUGAGGCUGUUGAAGCUGAGCUCGGCGAUGGUGUUGAGCGUCGGGAUAUGGCCGCCGAGACCGAGACCCAGGCAGAGGUUCGUGUCGAGGCUGAGGUCGAAGCUGCCUUGUCCGACGAAGACGACGUCCGCAGCAUUCCCGUGGAUGAAAGCAACGCGACACUUCACAACGACGUUGUCCAAGCCGGCGCCGGCGCCGAAGCCGAAGCAGAAGCGGAAAAUGUUACCUCCCAUCCCCAAGACGUCGUCGAGUCUGCACCAGCCGACAUCCACGUGUACGACACCACCACCCACACUUUUGUCCGCCAGCAAACCGAUCGCACCGAAGCCACCGAAGACGACUCGGACGUUGACAGCUCAACCGAACCCUCCGAGCCCGAACGGAUCCACGAAGAAGAUCCCGAUCCCAGACUCUCAGAGGAGCAACCUGCACUCGACGAUGCCCCUGACCUCAAGGCCGGCCAUCCUCAAACUACCACCGAGGAAGAGCACGCCUCGCAUGAACACCAAUCUGAUGGCGAAGAUCACACCCAUAGCGAGCCUGGUCCCGAAGACGACGAAUACGACCCCUUCCGCUACUCACCCCCCAAGAAAACUACUGAAGGGCAAGACGAUGUACGCGUGGACGCCCCUGACCAGCCCGACGUCGAACGAUCAUCUGACAAGGUUUUGAGUGUGGAGGAGGCGAUGUCUGCGAUGAGCCAUGAGCAGGUGGCGAGGAGCGAGAGGAGUUUGGCGGAGGAGUUGGAGGAUGUUGGUGAGGAGGGGAGUGACGAGGGGCAUGACCAGCACAGUCAUUAUGAAGAGGAGGGUGCUCAGCAACAGAGGCAUCAUGAUGAGGAGUCCCCUGUUGGGCAGGUGGCGGUUGAUGACAGAGAGCAUGAUGGCCCCGGCUAUCGGUCUAGUGAUGAGCAGGCUAACCGGGCUUACGAUCAUGAUGGCCACUCACACAAUCACGACGAGGUCGAGGCCCAACCGUCACAGCCAUGUGAGCCUCCGGUCUUGCAACUCAUCGAGCCUAGCGAUACCGAGAACGAGGAGUUCCCUUCGGAGACAUCAUCCAUCUCUGGUCAUCCGCACGCUGUUACAAGGGAGGAGGAUAUGGGACGGGACUGGAGUGAGGUAGACCAGUUCUUGUCCGAGUCCGACUCCGAGGACGAGGUUGACGAACCUGCCCCUGAGCAUGUGGAGGAGGCUGGUGCGGCCGCCGCUGAUACGGUCGUUCAUGCACAUCCCACCGUUGAUGUCGACAUCGAUGCCGAAGUUGAAGCUGCUCUGGAGACCCCGGCUACCGAGUCCAGUCGUGCUGAGGACACGGCGGCCGAGCUCCAUGAGUACUAUGACGAACAACAUGGUGAGAUGCAUCACUCCCCUGAGGUUCCUGCUGCCUACGACGACCGCCAUGAUCAGGACAACAGAGUACCGACCCCUGGUGACGAACAGCACCACCAAUUCCAGCACUCUGACGAGCACGACGACGACGAUAAUAACGUUAUCAAUCCGGCGCCUCAUCAUCACGAUCUCCCCCCUCUCACCAUCCCCGCCACUCCUCCCUCCCCAGCCCACGAAGACUCUCACCACGACGCCCACGACGCCCAGUCCCCAGAGGAAGAACAAGAGUUCAUCCCCCGCGACGUAACCAACCGCCCCUGGCGCUCCGACACCUCCAAUACCGUCCCCACCGUCUCCUCCCCUCAAUCCGCCCGCAGCGGGACCACCCUCUCCUCUGGCCCUAGCUCCCCCGUCGAAGGGGAAUCUGCAUCGGGACAAGACCCCAGAAUCCGUGACAGCAUCGGCCGUCCCCGCGGGGUGAGCUCACUGACGGAUGGGGGAAGUGGAACUGAUUACAGCGGCGGCGGGUACGGAGCCUACGUGGAUGGUGGUGCGAAGGACAGGGAGCCCGUGCCGAAGGGCCCGAAGGUGAUGGAGAUGUGGCAUCAGCGAGAGGCUACCUCUAGUUUUUCUCGGUCUCGGAGUGAGGAGGUGAGACUUUCUGGAGAUAGUGAGCGGUCUCAUAACCGUGGCGCUUCAGGCAGUGGCAGCGGCAGCAGCGGAGGAGGUGGAGGCGGAGGAGGUGGAGGAGGAGGAGGUAGCUCCCUCUUCCAACGCAUGCGCUCCGUCUUUGAACAAUCCUCCUCCUCCGGCGCCCCAGCUGCUUCUGCUUCUGCUUCUGCCCCUUCCAAUAACCGCGUCUCCAUGCCAUCCUUCUUUACCAAGUCCCACACCUCCAGCCCUUCACAGUCUGCCUUCCUUGAGAACACAGCAGCAAAGCAAAGACCAAUGAGCACCUCCUCCUACUCCAGCUCCCGCCACAGAAAUCAAGAUGGGGGGUACGCCCAACCCGCGGCAACAGAACAAGUAGAUGAAGCCGACGAAGCCGAACAGGCUGGCGAGAACAGCGCUCUCUUGCAUCAGCACCAGCACCACCAAGACGAACAGGAAGCGGAUGAGGGCAGUUCUAGCGACGGCUACGAUUCCGAAGAAUACGAGCGCGAAAAAGAAAGGGAAAGAGAAAGAAGAAGAGAAAGAAGAAGAUAUGAGAGGGAAAGGGAGGAGUGGAGGGAGAGACAUGGGAUGUCCGUGCAUGCUUAUGACAUGCCCGACUCCGAGCUGGACGGGAAGGGUGGUGGUUUGGUGAGGGUUGUGGAUUGGAAUGGGAAUGGGGAUGGGGAUGGGGAUGGGGAUGGGGAUUGGAAUGGUCAUGGGCUGAAUAAUAGAAACAGAGUGGAAGUGGGAGUUGGAUCCGGAGUCUGGUGGAUCGAUUCCCGGUUACGAUGGAACGGAGAUGAAGAUCCUCUUCCGCUGAAGAAGCAACAAGUGUUGCAGCAGCUGGUUCCAUUGGCAGCGGCAGCAGCGACAGCAAUAAUUGACCCCCUCGACGCAAUCGACAUCUGGCGGCAAGGCGUGCGCUGCUGUCCACCGGGACCACCAGUGAUCAUCUCAUCGAGUACACCAGUCAUGAACAGACCUCGGGGCUGCCGCCUCGAUCUUUCAGAACAUGAACUCAUGACAACUACCAGUACCAGUACAGCCGCCCCUGAGGUCAACGUCAACACCAGAACCUCAGCCACAUCAGCUUCGAUGACCGUCCCCGACCCCGAGAAGGAGUCCACCACUUUUAAGGCCAAGGACAAGCCCAAGGAAGUCAUCGGUCCCUCCCGCCUAGCCCACUCCUUCACCCAAGGCUGGCUCUCCCGCCUCCGCACCGCUCAAUCCUUCAUCAACCGCGCCCGCAUGGAACGGCAGUUCGAAGACAACGUCGGUUAUCACUUUGAACGGAUCAACCCCGCUCCUCUAAAACUCGAUUGGAGGAUGUUGGAAAAGGAGUUGGGGGUGGAUAGAUACAUGUAUCGUCGGACUGAGCACUGA